AAGGCGCAAAUAAUUUUCACUAUGGUUUGUAUUAGAUGCCUCUCCAUUUAAAUGUAUUGUUUUACUCAGGAAACUGGGAUAUGUUCCAUCAAAUUCACUGGCUGCACCAUUUAAAAAAAAAACAAAAAACAAAAAACAACCAAGAAACCUAAACCAUACACCUGUUCCAUUUAUUUUUAACUUCUCAUGGGAAGCAAAACCUCAGCAAUAUGCGUCUUUUUUUUUUUUUUUUUUUUUUUUCCUUUUUUUUUUCCAUGAAGCUGGUUCUAUACAGGUUACCAAGUGGAAAAGGAAGUGCUUUGUUGAUUGUUCUCAGUAGUCCCUCCACCUGUGUUUCUGAUCCUGGUUUUUAAUUUAUGUGGCUGUUAAAUCUUACUGAAGUUUGUGAGAAUAUAAUUUUAAAUUUUUAUGCCUUGUGACCAGUGGGUUCCAAAGUCUUUUGAAAGAGACUGGAGGAAAGGAUGGAAGCUGGAACAUGAUGGAGUCAGAAUAAUCUUGUAUGCCUGUUUUUUUUCAGGAAACACCAUUAAACUAAGGCUUGGAAAUUUUGUUUGAAUAAAUAAUGUUCAAAAUAAACCUAGAAGAAACCUAAACAGUGCUGAUGGCUCCUUGAGUUUCUCUGCAUUUCAUGAGAGCUGUAGCACUUCUCAGAAAGAUGGCUUUCCAAAACUUACUUUAAAGAGAAAUUGAAGAGCUGGUAGGCAUGUAAUCAGAAAACUGAGGCUAAAAAAGGAUGAGCUUCUAUUGCAUUUUACUUCUGAUAAGUUUUUAUUUCUUGAUGUUGUCUGUGGGAGUCUUCUGUAGGCUAGUUGAUUUGAAUGGUUGUGAGGGUAGUAAUAGACAUCUUAAAUGUACAGUAAUGCAAGCAGGAGAGUUAAAACAACACAAUAUUAUGACCAUGAAUUUUAUAAUUAAAUCUGAAGUGUGGCAGGGAUGGUAUUUUGUUAUUUCUGUGCUCCAGGGUAACUGAACAUGAGACUGAAGGACUACUAGCGCUGCAAUGGUGAAAAAUAUUUACAUGGAUCUAUGCUUAUUAUCAGCAGAGCUACAGGGAAUACCAAAUCUUCCUUCUGGCUGCACUAGCCCUGGGUUUGCCAGAUGAGCCUCAGCCAUCUAGAGCCGCCCUCAGAAGGUGUGUUUAUGUCCAUUCCUGCCAAUACAUCCGCUAAAGGUCUCCACCUGCUUGUAUAUAAUUCAGCAUCCAGCAGAGAGGCCAUGCUGACAGAUAGACCUGUGCAGGUAUCAGGUACUGUGAAAGGGAGAGGAAUCACUUAUUGUAGAACAGCGGAUCGAUCCCAGGAAAGUCGAGUGUUAAGGACAGUACCUUUGCUAGCAGCUUGUCUUCCUCCAGACAAAUACAAAAUUUUGGUUGGUCGACGUUUUAGUGAAGACAGGUAUCCUGAAUUAGCAACUGUGUGCAGAAAUCCCAAUACUCUGAUUUUGUAUCCUGGAGCUGAAGCAACCAAUUUGGAAGAAGUUGCUGUGAUGUAUUCUAGGCCAUCUGUUAUGAUCAUCAUCGAUGGAACAUGGAGUCAGGCUAAAGAUAUAUUUUACAAAAAUUCUCUCUUCCGGCUUCCCAAGCAGGUGCAGUUAAAACCCAACAUUUCAAGUCAAUAUGUAAUCCGUACUCAGCCAACAAACACCUGUCUGUCUACACUUGAAUGUGCAGCUGUUGCUCUUAGUAUCAUGGAAAAAAAUAAGAGUAUACAAGAGACUAUACUCCGUCCACUUCAAGCUUUAUGCUCUUUCCAGCUUCAGCAUGGUGCCCAGAUCCAUCACAGCAAGGAGCAUCUUCUCAAAAAUGGUUUAUAUGACAAGCCAAUGCCAAAGAAUAAGCGCAAACUCAGAAGAAUGGAGCUUUUGGUGAAUAAUGUUAAAAUAUAAGAAAACUGUACUGACAGUACAGUGGGAUUUAUUUGCAGCUAGCAAAUGAAUAUGAAUCUGGGUUUGAUCCAAACAGUUGACUGUACUGUAAUAAAACAACUUUUAGGCCCUUCAUAGGCAAGAGUUUAUCUACCAAUGUGACAAACAGUAAUGGACAAGCUUUUUCAUUUUUGCAGUAGGCCAGGUGCCUUUGUUCAGAUGAUAGAAGAUCACUCUCAUUUCCUAUAGAAGAGAAGAAGAAAACUCUGAGCAUAAUUUAGAGUUAUGUUAUCUCUUGGGUGACAAGUAUGAUCCUCAGUAUGACUGGAUAAAUUUACUUUGGAGAAGCUUUUAUCAGUACGAAGACGCGGAAUAUGAAUGUGAUGGAAUGGUAAGGCUUCAGCAUUUAGAAGUAUAUUGAAUUUCUGCUGAGCAUUAUAACUUCAGUAUCUGAUUACAGUAGGUUUUCAAACUGUAAUUCCUUAUAUUACUUAGUUCAAAUGAACAUAAGGCAUGCUAUUUGUAUAGUUCUUUUUUACUUUGAGUUUUUUAUUUCUUACAUUAUUAGAAUUCCUUAUCAUAAAUUUAUAUACAUUUUACAAUGCAGUCGGGUUUAGUUUGUCUCUCAGGCUUAAUUUUUAAAUUAAGCCCACAUAUGUUUUUAGAACCUGAACACUUCUGACUUAAAAAAAAAAAAAAGUGAAUGUAGAGAAAUUAUUUUUGGAAUUAUAACUCAAGUGCUUCACUUUUACUUCAACAAAAACUACUCUUUCACAGAAGGGGACAUUUUAUGGAUAUUGAUACACCAUACCCUGAUAUGCAAUCGUUAUGAUACUAAAGGAAUUAAACAAACCCAGUGUAAACAUCUCUGUAAGAAGUAUGAUGCAAUAAGAAAUGAUUAUGUCUGGAUACAACCUACUAAGAUGAUUGCAGAUCCAUUAGAUUUGCAUGUGUUCUUUAAUUAGUUCUUCUCUUCAAGCAGUGAUAUAACUGUACCUCUUUCUAACGGGAAUUAAUAGAAGUUGAAGAAUUAGCUAUUUUUACAAGCUUUGUAAAGUAAUAUUUUAUGAUCUGGAGGAAAAAAAAUUGAAAUAAAGUUUUUGAUGUUCCUUUCUUCAUGUUCAUAAAUGCCUCCUACAUGAAACAGAUGAAAAUGGUUAAUAUUUGUCUUUACUAUUGGUUCCACUCUAGGUAACAACAUGGAGCUAAUUGGGUACUAAUUAGACUUAGAAAAAGAUAUUUUGUCUUUAAUUUAUGAGCUGCAAGGCAAGAAACUACAGAAGUGGAGGGUGUAAACACAGCUAACCAAUACAUUAACUGAAAGCAUUUCUGCAAUUAACAAGAGAGGUCAAAAUUAGGUCAGAGAUUAGCUAAGAAAUUUUAGAGCUAAUAGUGACCUUUUGUUUAGGCAUGGAUUAACAAUUUAAUUUGUCUGGAUAUGUUAGCAAAGUUUAUGUAACCUUUUUCUCUUCUGCCAGUCUAGAUAAAUCCCGUAUCUGUCGCUAAAUUCAGCAAACCUGAAUUAGUUUUGACAAAUCUGAAGCGAAACAGUGUCAUAUGAUUAAUGAUAGUGUAAAUGCACUUUUGUUCACAUUGGAACAGAGAAAGGACAUGUUUAUUCCUGUAGCAAAGCACAGCACAGCAAUCUCCAGGCUAGCUUGGAGGCUGAAGUUGCAAUCUUGUGCAAUUUGCGUGCACAGCCUUGUGUGUGACACUGCCUCCAGUUCUGGGGUUGGCAUGGCUCAUGCUGGCCUGGGAAUCUGUUUCCCCUGUGCCCAGGGACAUGGUCAAAGCAUUCCUUAAGGAAACAAGGGUAUCAGUUAGGCUUGAUUGUUAAUGCCGUAUUUACAUAUAUGGACAAUGUUCACAUUUAAUGUUCUGUAUCUUAAUUUAGUUUACCUUAUUUUAGAUUCAUCUAGAACAGUAGAAUAUCUUUUGACCUACAUUGUGAAGAUUAUUUUCCUAGACAGAAGACUAAAUGAGUCUUUUCAUAACAUGUGAGUUUAUGUUAUGGAGAACAGAAAGAAAUUUGUAUUGCAGCCUGGGAUUCACAGACAUCUGCAAAAUGCCUUAGAAUUACAGGAUCAGAGAAAUAGUUGUCUUAAUUGAGUUAUAAUCCUACAUUAAAUACUCUUGUGCAUGCAAUCUCUGCAGAGUUUUCAUGUUUUUCAGCAAAGGACAAAUUCCACACAGCUUACAAUAAGCACUUUUUACUUUUGUUGAUUCAUCUUGUUCUUCUAAUUUUGCUCCUGUGGUUAACAGGAUUUGUAGGAUGUAAUGCUGGAUGCAUGGAAGCCUUUAAUUGCUAAUUUCCUGUGUUGUACGAUACUAGAUCAAUCACUAUGCAGCAGUUGCUGAAGAAAUGAAAAAUAAUUCAUUGCAAACCUCCAGGCAUUUCUUUUUUUGGGUUUUUUGUAUGUCCCAUCUCAGCUAUAAUACAGUGAUCAUUUAGAUGCAACACAGCAGUCACAUGAAGUUCAAUUUCAGAUUUGUUCAAAGCUAUUAAACACAAAAUACUUUUUUUUUUAUUUUUUUGGUGGAACUUACAUGGCUUUAAAAAUAUACAUAGUGUAAGACUAGAAAGUUUUUUUCAAGUCUUUUGGAUUCAGAAUUUAUCUCUAAAUACAUGGCCUCAAAGAAAUGGGUACUCUGAAGUCCAAGCUCUUUUGACGGAAGUUGUAUGUGAUGAAGUAGCACUCUUUGCAAGCAAUUUCAUUAGAAUGAGUUUAAUUUGCAAUUUUAUUUUUUGCAGUAAUAGUCAAUCUGUUUCAUUUUUCACUUACCAAAAGAUUAAUGAGUGAAACCGACCAGUCUAACAAGAUAUUGAUUAAAAAAAAGGAACAUGUUUGCUUCUAAUGUUUGGUCCUUUGUCCUUGUCCACUUUGUAUUUCCAAAUAUUGCUACCAAAAUGAAAUCUGCUUUCCAUGUGCCACUGUGUCAUGCUUUGGGGAACUGGUGACUUGGAUAGCAGGCUUUUGAACACAUGAACACAUGUAAAAAUUUUACGAAGGUGGGCAUUGUUAAGUCUCCAUAUUUUCAUAAUCUGUACAGCAAAGUUUAAGAAAAAAGACAAAGCUAGAAAUCUUUCAAAAUAAGAACACCGCCCACACACACACCUUUUGUUUAGAAAGCUUUCAAAUUAAAAGUGAAGAGACGCUCAGAACAAACAUAAAUUUAUUUUUCUUCAAGAUUUUAGUUUCAUUGCCUCAUAACUCCAUUGGAAUUCCAGCUGGAAGAUGGUGUUACCAUACUACCAAUAAAUUACUCUCUUAUUAGUUUUUCUUGAAAUAAAAAGGAAACUUUUCAAGUGACUUCAAAAGGUGCGAAAAUUAUUUUAAGACCAAGGGUUUUCUUCUCAAUUGUUACAUUAGAUAAAAAAUUGUUUAUGCUACAUUAUUUUCUACAACUUCCCUGCUUGUUUUGAAAUUUAAUUAAAACCUGAACUUUUAAAAAGGGAUAGUGGUUCAUGCUUUUCUCCUGAGGAUUGUGUUUAUUAUGCCUACAUACGUGAAUGCACAUAAAUUAUAUAUUUGUUUCUGCUUCGAAGCAAUAAAAGAUCUAAUUUACUGUGA